UGAGUGAGUCGUGUGACGUCGUCUUUGGCCUCUUGCUUUCCCGCUCUGCCUGAUAAGGGGAUUUCUCACAAGGGGCUCAUAUUAACCGUUUGUUUUUCCCCUGGAGAGAUCUUCGAACUCGUUAAUGGAGGAAUCUGUUUUGACUUGAAUUCGCAUGACGUUCCUUUGCAAUUUCUUCCGACGGAGACUUCGUACUCUCUUGCGGACUUUUUCACGGGAAGAGCCUGACCUUCAGGUCAAAUUAGGGCUUACUGAUACUCUCCUCACACUGCGGAAUUUCCGAUUCGAUGUUUCUCAGCUCAAUCAGCUCCUCGAUGGAUCCAGUUUUUCAUUCGAAGGAUUUACCGUCCACCACCUGGUUUUUCACUUGUCCCUCUGGUCAGCUCCGGCCAUUCGGAUCGAAAUUCGCGGUGUACAUGUCAGAUUGUUGGCCAGAGAGGAGGAGGAAGGAAGCUCGAGAAGGAUGCGAGCAUCGCCUGAAACUUUAGCAAAUGAGAUAAAAAAAGUUCUGUCGUCUAUUGAUCCCGAGGGAUGCUUCUUACAUGAAAUUUUGGAAAGGAUGCUGGAUGGCACUUCCCAGAGAAGUAAGCUCAAAAUCUCCUUCUCGAAUCUUAUCCUCAGGCAUUUCCGUAUUCAGCUGCAUGAUAUUAAUGUUCAAGUUCGUUUACCGGGUUCAAGUGAAUUGGGUUUUGUUCUGGAAAUCAACGAGCUGAGGAGUGACACUGAGAAUUCUGGGAAUCUUAGUAUAUUAAGGAGUUCAGCUGGUGCAGUUUUAUUCCCUUUGAGUCGUAGUUCCUUGACACUGAGUGGUUACGGUUUCAAGAUUGGGUAUAAGAGGAGUAAUGAUAUCGCCGACCUCUGUGCAUUUGACAGCCUUGUCAUGUUGAUUACACUGCAUAAUCUUCAACUUACUGAUCUGAUCCUCCGCAUUCCGGAGUUAAGCUUCUCGUUUAGACCCACUGAUCUUCCGGUUUUUAUGGGACUCGCGAAGUUAUCUUCCAAAGACGGUAAUUCUGUCAGAAAUGGACGUCAUCUCUGGAAAAUAGCUGCUCGCGGAACUGGCUUGAUGAUCUCACCUCCUCACACUAAUUCAUUCCAGAAUGUAGUUAGUGCUGUUAUCCUCUGGCUGCGAUACGUGAAUGCUUACGAGUAUUUGCUAUCUUUAGCUGGGUACUCGAGGAAAACACCAGAGGAAUCAGCACUUUGGAAAGUUUCAGAAAACAAAGGGCAUAUUGUAACUGCUAGACGUAAAUGGGAGAUGAUAUGUAAUAUUGAGAAAGAACUCCCUGCUGAAGCGAUCGCACGGGCGCGGAGAGUAGCCAGAUACAGAGCCUGCCUGAAUUCUGAGAAUGCUAAUGAUAGCUAUGAUGAGACUUCCCUAUAUGGCCACUUCAGUUUUUUGUGUAAGAUCACCUGGGUUUUAGCUUAUAUACGGACACUUAUUAGUAGGACAUUCUGGUCUAUAACCCGCUUUCUCUCGUACACUCAAGAACUAGGGAACAAUGAAGAUGAUUUCGAGGGGAUAUCUCUUGAGUUUCAUGCAGUUGUCAAUCUUGGGAGACUUUCUAUCACAUUUUAUCCAGAGAAAAUGAUUUCAAGUUCAUGGAAAGACAGCGCUGGACACACGGACUCAAAUGUUGUCGUUCUUUGCCUUUCGGCUGAUGAGGUUUUGGUUAUGCAUACUGCUGGCUGUCUUACUCAGUGUUCGUCUGCUUCCUGUGGGAAACUGAAGGUUGAGUCCUCUAGUUUUAGAAAAACCAGUCGUUUCAUGAGAUCUACAAAAGAUCCCAGUACUUCUGCUGAAAGUAGUAAAAAGCAUAUGCGUGAAGAUGUGGAAACUAUCCUAGAGAUGCACCCAGCACAGCCAAUCCUACUUUCCAAAACAGAUAGCAAUCAUGGCAAUGAUCGACAUGAAGGCAAUCUACAUCUACAAAAUCUUUUGAGAGAAAUGUGGUCGAACUGGAAGAGCAAUUGCUUGAAGUUAGAUAAAAGUACUUUUAAAAUUUCUGAGAACCCCUGCUUACUCGUUGAUGUUAAAAGCUGCAUGGCAUAUCAGGAUGCUGGUAACCAAGAUUCUGGGCUCUGGAAAUGCAGCAUGGUAUUGGGAAAGUUGGAUAUCGUUUUAGAAUAUUCAUCGUUGUUUUCAAUCGCUCUGUUAAUGUGGCAGACACAACAAUCUCAGAGCUUAUUUGUAGACGAUAUUACUGGAGGGGUUCAUUCAAGUUCAUUGGUAACAGGUGGGGUUGAUUCUGAAAUGGCUAGUUAUGAUGAAGAUGGGAUCGCCAGACGCAUUAUUGAACAGUCUUUACAUAGAGUUCAUCCAGAGAGACAGAUUAAUGUUGGCAUACUUGUUGGUGGCCCCCAGGUCAAAUUGUUCGUGGAGAAGGCUGAAGAAGUGGAUGCUUUAAUUGGGAAGAAAGAUAUUCUUUUAUUUGAUUUCCAUGAUUUUGAGUUUGUUGUCUGGCCGACUUCAAAAUCUGACAACACAAGAUCAGAUAGGCCUUCGCGUCAGGAGCUGGGGCUAAGUGAUACUGUGAUUCCAAAAUAUGAAAAAUAUGUUUCUCAAGGAUGGAAUUCUCUUUCCUCACACCUAGGGUUUUUUGGUUUUGAUUGUUCUUUCUGCAAAAUGGUAGAAAAGAAGCGGAGUCAGUUCUUUGUAUUGAGACCAGUAACUAUCUGCUUUUCAUCUUUGAGAAAGCAUGUUCAUUCCUUUAGCGAAGCUAUUAUCGAUUUCUCAACUGGUAUGGAUGUGUUGGUGCUGGGACUGACUAUUGUAUCAAAACCGGAUGACCUAAUUGCUUAUUUUCAGAUGCUUCUAAGCUUAGUUUCUGGGCUAUCCCGUGGUUUGAGCGGCUCUAGCUCUGCGGGUCAUUCAGUGAGACAAGAAUUUAUCAGAUCUGAUGCAGUGCAUGUGGAUCAUGAGAUCGAGAAGACUUUUGGCAAAACUCUGUUUGCAGUUAAAGCGAGCAUUAAGGUGAAGGCUAUAGAUGUGAUAUUUGAUGUUCCUGAAGCAGACGAAAAUUUUGAGAAGCCUAUGGAGCGAGCUGAUUCUAGAAUGUGGUCUUCUGUCCAGGAAGCAUGCGCUGAACUAUCUUGUGAAGAACAUAGGUUUUUACUCAAUGUUGAUUUAUGUGAACUCCAAUCUAAACUCUUCAGAUACAGGGAUAAUAUAUGGAAGAGUUCUGGCAACUUUAUUACAGAAUCUUUGCCGUUCAGGUCACAUGAUAUCUUGUUUGAAGCAUGUCUUUCUAGCUGCAUAUUGAGUGUGUGUCUGGAUUGCUCAAGCCCAUCAGCUCUAGGGGACGCCUCUGAGAUGGGUGAUGAUUCUGCAGAAAAUGCAUCAAUAGCAAAUGAACCUACUACAAAUAGAGUUCAGGUUCAGAGAGAAGUUGACCAGUUGGACUCUGCUUCAAACUCUUCACUGGCCAACUCGAGCCGUUGGAUACACGUCAAUUUAGCAUUGACUGACUUACUUGUAGCUAGCUGCUCAACAAAGAAUGUCUUGGUUGAAGUUCGUCGGUCAAGUAACUUUGUAACAUCGGUCUCUAUUGGGAGAAGAUUUCAGUCAAUUUCCUGUAGAGUCGAGGGUGGUUUUUUUGUCCUUGAACCAGAGGCCUUGAUCGGGUUAAUUCAUGGUUACUCCGCAUACCAUUUUUUCAUUUCAAGUAAGAUGUCAGUAAUUCAAUCUUCUACGCCAGUUCUUGGGAAAGUAGAAGCCGGUUCAGGUGUCAGUGAAGUUAGUAGUUCUUCUCACCAAGCAAAAUGGCACCUCGUAGAAGAGUUUUCUAUAGAAGUUUCCCAGUUUGCACUGGGUUUUGUCUGUGUUGAUGAGUAUGGUGGUAUAAGGGAAAUUGUUUUGGAGAUCACUUUCCACAGUUCCCUUAAUUCGGCAGGCAGAGAACAGAAGUUUCUUUGUGAAGUUUCUCGCCUAUCAAUUCUUUCUAAGAUUCUUGAGAGCGUGGAAAAAGACAUAAAUAUUACCCAAUUUUCUUCUCCACCAUUUAGUGAAUCUUCUUCUAUUCUGUCUGAUGCUCCUUUCGAAACACCAUUUGAGCAAAGGGAUGUAAUUAAUUCAGGUGAUAGCACAAGUAUUUCCGGAGAUUUUAAUGGUUUAAGAGGAUUAUCUACAAACAGCAAUUUACAGGAAGAAUUUCACUCUCGUUAUAAAAACUAUAUUUUGGAAGACCUACGUGUCUCUGCAUCAGCUAAGAAGCGAGAAAAUACCGGUCAACAGUUUAGUCAGGCCUGGGAAGGUGGUUGUUCUGUUCUGGGAUUUGAUAUAACCAUUUCUCUGUCAGAAUUGCAGAUGGUCUUUUCAAUGCUUUCAUCUUUUGCUGCGUUACCUGGAGGAGAAAGCACCCAUGCUUCUGUAGAAAGGCCUUCGUUCAACAGUAAACCUGAAAGUGAACCUGAAAGAAGUUUUGAGACCGUAGUUCCUGAUGGAGCGAUUGUUGCUAUUCAAGAUAUACACCAACAUAUGUUCUUCACAGUGGAAGAUAGGGGGGACAAGUGUGUCGUGGCUGGUACUCUUCAUUAUUCUCUGGUCGGAGAAAGAGCUCUUUUCAGGGUCACCUACCACCGCCAUCAAGGAUGGAAUUCAUCCACCUUGUGGUUCUCCUUGACAUCUUUGUAUGCCAAAAACAAUAAAGGAGAGCCAUUACGGUUAAAUUAUCAAUCAAGGUCAGAUAUUGUUAACGUCUCUGGACUUUAUGACAAUGCACCAGCACUCUUUCGUGCGUCUGUUGGCGAAUCCGAAAAUUAUAAGGGGGACAUUGACUGGCAGACCUACCGUAAAUUGGUCAAAGAUACAUUUUACCUCGUCAACAAGAAGAGUGAUUCAGCUGUUGCAUUUAUCGAUGGUUUUCCAGAAUUUGUUCGGAAGCCAGGAAAUCCAUUCAAGUUUAAAGUGUUUCGUGAAAGUUUGGCUACUCGUAAUAUUACAUCUGUGGUACCUCCCGAGAUGCAUGAGUCUGAAACGCAGUCUGUGAUGAACCCUUGCCCCCCUUCUAUUACCGUAACAAAUGAUGGCAUAUCUCUGACCAUUGUUCAUGAACUUUCCGAAACAAGGGACAGAUUUCCCCUUUUUCGCGGUUCAGUCAAUAUCACUCUUCUAACGUUACAAAUGCUAUCUUCUAAAGCGAGGAUUAUGAACACAUCAAACAUUUUGGCGCUGUACUUUGAUGCUCAGACAAACCAAUGGCGGGAAUUUAUUCAUCCAGUUGAAGUUAGUGCUUUCUACCGUUCAACCUUUCAGACCCAGGAUCUUGAAAAUACUACGGACAAAGUACCUACCCAUAUUUACUGCAGAAUUGGAAAGUUGGAGGUCCUUGUAACCGAACUGUCGUUGGAUAUGCUUCUUUUUGUGCUUGGAAAACUGGAGUUGGCUGGUCCAUUUUCUGUAAAAACCUCCGGUAUUCUUGCCAAUUGUUGUAAGAUAGAAAACCUCUCUGGCCUUGACCUUACCUGCCGUUUCAACGAGAAACAGACUGCCACAGUUGGUAGGAGGCAAAUUGCUUCGGUUUUUCUUAGGCAUUCAAUGAACCAUCUAGCAGACGCUUCUUCAGUGGCUGCGGUCCAGCUGUCUUCUGGAAAUUUCAGAACUUCUUCUAUUAACGUUUCUUUAUUAGAAGCCAGAACACUAGCUUGGAGAACAAGAAUAGUAUCACUUCAAGAUUCAAGGAGUCAUCCUGGACCGUUUGUUGUUGUUGAUAUUAAGAAGGGAUUUGAGGAUGGUUUAUCGAUCUCAGUUUCUCCUUUGACAAGGAUUUAUAACGAAACUAGUCUUCCGAUGGAGAUACGUUUCCAACGAUCUAAGCAGAAGAGAGAUGUUUUUGCGUCUGUACCUCUGAAGCCUGGUGGUUCAAUUGAUGAUUCAGUGGCAGCAUUUAAUGCCAUAAGCUUAUCGGGAGAUCUGAAGAAGGCAUUGACAUCCUUAGCUGUUGGUAAUUUUUCACUCUCGUUCAGACCUGAAUCUUUGAAAAUUUUGUGUGAGAGUGAGAAGUCGCUGGCAAGUGAAUGGUCUGAAGAAGUUGAAGGAGGCAAGGCGGUACGCCUAACCGGAAUUUUUGAUAAAUUAAGUUAUGGAGUUAAAAGGGCUUUAUCUAUCAAAUCAGUGAAGGUCUCCUUGACUACUACAUAUUGCUCUGUCACAUCUGAAAGUGAGUGUGUUGGCAAGGUGCAUUUUCUGAUCCAUAGCAUUGGGAGGGAAGUAUCUAUCAUACGGCCUGAUGCAUCCUCCGAUGUGUUUGAGAAACGGAAUGCAUGUAUUGCAUUGCGAGAGCAGAAGGAAAUUUUUCUUUUGCCCACCGUGCAGGUGUCCAACUUCCUGUCCUCCGAAGCAGCCAUUUUUUUGACAGAGACUGGUAACUGCAGAAAAGUAUGUGCUUUUCGGGUAACCUAUAUGUCUGCAUCUAACAUUAUUAUCUCGCUUGCAGAUGACUUCACCUCGAUGGAGAGACACAGCAUUGGCAAGCAUGCAAGGGUACAGAGCGGAAAGACAAUGGAUUUCUAUGCUAACCCUGACAUGAUAUACUUUAGAGUUACUCUCACUGCUUCCCAAGCGAGCUGCAAACCAGUCAAUAGUGGUCAGUGGGUUAAGAAGUUACAGAAACAGAAGAAUGAUGCAGAAUCUUUGGAUGUUGGUCUUGAUUUUGCCGGUGGAAAAUACUGUGCUUCCUUGAGAUUGUCUUUAGGGAAAAGAGGCAUACUGGAGGCAGCUGUUUUCACGUCUUACAUUCUUAAAAACGACUCAGACUGCACCUUGUUCUUCUAUCCCCCUGAUCAAAAGCCACUAUCCAGGGAAGAUCAGGAAAAACUUGAUCACAUUGUCCCCCCUGAGUUUGGAUUGUAUUUACCCCGAAAGACAGAAGGGUCGUGGUUUUUAAGAUCUCGCAAGGUUAGUGUUAUAUUGGCUGAUGGUCCUGGGGCAACUGAAGCAGUGUUGGAUUUGGAUUCUUUAUCAGGACUUACAGAGAUUAGUUUGGGAACAAAAGAUGAGUCUGGAUUUCGGUAUAUAACUAGGUUUGGAUUGUCGGUUAAAUCAAUCUCAAGUAAAAUGCUUGUUCCAUCACGGAUUGUGACUUUUGUUCCGAGACAUCUUGUAAUCAAUGAAUCGGAAGAGGCCAUCAACAUCCGCCAACGCCAUUUUCAGGAUGACUCUGUAGGCAUAAUCACCAUCAAAAGUAAGCAGAGAUUAGCCUUGCGAUUGCAAGAAGAAACUACACAGAAGAAAGAACUUCAUCUGUUCGAAAAUUUUAUCAGAAAGCACGGAAGUGACAAUGCAAAUCCAUUGACAUUCAUUCAGUUUCGGUUGAACAAGGCAAACUGGAGUUGGUCAGGCCCAUUAUGCAUCACUUCAAUUGGAUGUUUUUUCCUCAAGUUCAGGAAGCAGUCAGGUGAAACAGGCAGAGGCGCAAUUGAAUUUGCAUCUGUAAAUGUUACUGAAGAAGGUUCAACUCUUGCUGUGCGCUUCCAGAAACCACCAAAUGCCUCACCACCAUAUCGAAUUGAGAAUCUCUUGUCUGCAUCUCUCACUUACUACCAAAAGGAUUCAUCAGAGAUUGAAGUACUUGGACCUGGAAGUGGGGCUGAUUAUGCAUGGGAUGAUCUGACCCUUCCUCACAAGCUUGUAGUUAUAGUAGAUGGCAUGAUACCUCUGCGUGAAGUCAGCUUAGAUAAGGUCCGUCCAUGGAAACCCCUUUUCAAGGCAACUCAACAUAGAAGCAUAGCCUCUCACUUAAUGUUGGAAAAGAAGGCCAAAGAUCAUAAAACGGCCUACGAGCAAUUGAGUAGUAUACCGAUGGUAAAGGUCGGAUAUGAAGUAUAUGCAGAUGGUCUGACCCGAGUCAUUCGCAUUUGUGAAGUUUCAAAAAGCCUUAAAGAAGACUCAGUAUUUCUUUCUCGUUCUAAAAUUCAAUUCCGGAUAACCCAUUUAGGAAUUCACUUACUUGAAAAAGUGAAGCAAACUGAAGAGGAGAAAACUGUCAUGUCUUAUUCUUCGAUCCUAGUGGCAAGACUAGAGAAUUUUGGUCUACAAUCCAUGUUCACUGACAAACAGAAAUUUAACCAAUUAUGUAUAGAGGCUCUGAAUGUGGAUCACAAAUGGGCAGGGGCUCCCUUUGCAGCCAUGCUUCGUCAACAUCAAUCAGAUUCCAGUGACGGACAUGGUUGCCUAUUCAAAUGUGUAUUUGUUCUAGUAUCUAGUGGUUCCAGCGUCACACAAGUCAAGCACUCCUCAUUAGUUUUGCAGCCAGUCAAUUUGAACCUAGACGAAGAGACUUUGAUGAGAGUUGUGGCAUUUUGGAGAACAUCUCUCAGUACAAAUACGCAAAGUAGUCAAUAUUAUUUUGAUAACUUUGAAAUUCACCCAGUAAAGAUAAUUGCUAAUUUUGUUCCUGGGAGCUCAUUCUCCAGCUAUAAUUCCGCUCAAGACACUCUGAGGUCAUUGCUGCAUAGUGUUGUUAAGGUUCCACAGAUAAAAAAUAUGGUUGUAGAGCUAAAUGGUGUACUGGUCACUCAUGCUUUGAUAACGGUUCGCGAGCUACUUCUCCGAUGUGUAAAACAUUACUCAUGGUAUGCAAUGAGAGCAAUCUACAUCGCAAAGGGCAGUCCAUUGCUUCCGCCAGCUUUCGCGUCCAUGUUUGAUGAUUUUGCAUCAUCCUCUCUUGAUGCCUUUUUUGAUCCUUCUCGAGGCUUGGUGAACGUCCCUGGUUUGACAGUGGGCACCUUCAAACUCCUCAGCAAAUUUAUUGACAACAAGGGAUUGUCAGGGACAAGGCGUUACUUUGGUGAUCUUGGGAAAACACUAAGAACAGCAGGAUCCAAUGUCAUCUUCGUUGCUCUCACUGAAAUCUCAGACUCUGUUCUGAGGGGUGCAGAAAUGAAAGGUCUUGAUGGACUGGUUAGCGGUUUCCACCAUGGAAUCCUUAAACUGGCGAUGGAACCUUCGGUGAUAGGAACGGCUUUGAUGGAAGGCGGGCCUGAUAGAACAAUUAAGCUUGAUCGUAGUCCCGGUAUUGAUGAGUUAUACAUCGAAGGAUACCUUCAAGCUAUGUUGGAUACAAUGUAUAGACAAGAGUAUCUCAGAGUCAAAGUCAUUGACGAUCAGGUCUUCCUGAAAAACCUCCCACCAAGCAAUUCUCUCAUAGAUGAGAUGAUAGACCGUGUUAAAGAUUUUCUGGAAAGCAGGGGAUUGCUCAAAGGAGAUCCUUCGAGCUCUCGUCCUCGUCGCCGUCUUCAUGGAGAUAAGGAAUGGAGGAUCGGACCAACGUUGAGGACGUUAUGUGAACAUCUCUUCGUGAGCUUUGCAAUUCGCAUACUCAAACAGCAUGCGACUAAGGCCAUUUCAGGUCUAAGGCCAAAGAUAGAAGAAACAGAGUCUGAGCGUAAUGACGCUGGUUCCAGUACUGCAAUCAUACCUGCACUUGAUGCCAAGAAGAAGAAGAAGAUGAAAUUCAUGUGGAAAGCUGGUAUUGGCAAUUUCGUGGCUUCAGGUAUCGUCGCUUACAUCGACGGACGUUUGUGUCGACAGAUUCCAAAUCCAAUAGCUCGUCGGAUCGUGAGUGGGUUUCUCUUAAGUUUUCUUGACAAAAGCACUGAACAAUAAUAACUACUUUUUCCUGUAAAUAAAUCUUCUUCUUUACAGUAGAAGCAUGAUUGAAUCAAUAAAUCACCUUACAUAAUGAAAGUAAUAAUGCUCCCCUUACGUUUAUUCUCCA